GGUAAGGCCUGCACCACCCAACCUGCCCCUGCAUUUCCACUCUGGGGACCCAAGGCCAGGGUUUCUUGUGCCUCCCUGGAGGAAAGGUCAGUCUCCUCUGCUACCUCUCAGGGAGGAAGGGUUUAUUCUCUUUGGGAGGAAGGAGUUAACCAAGACCACCUCUGUUACCCCAGAAAACCACCUGGGGUGCUCACGAGGGAGAAGGGAUCCCCUGGACCUUCAGAGGUCUUCAGGAAGUGACAGCCACCCUGUGGUCGUCCAAGUGGUUGAGCUUGGGAACCAGGGAAGUUUCCCAGGAGGGGCUGCUGACCACACAGGGAAGACAUACCAGGAGCCGCAGGGGGCCUGGAGGAUUUGUUGCCUCUGAGCUCUGGGCCCUGCACCCAGGAAGGAUGGAGACAGGCUGGAGGCCCUGGAACAGUGUCCACGUAGGUAAGCCACCGGCUGUGUCCAUGUUCAGACACACUUGAGAGGCCUGUAAAUGUUUGGUGAAUGUGGGCCGUCACGUGGAGGAGAGAUGCCUGCUCCGGGAGGACUGAGAGGGGCUGAGUAGGAGGGAGGGUCCUGCCAUGCCCUCCUGGGGAUGCAGGGGAUUGUCUGGGCAGCCGCAGGGCUGUGUGCAUGCCCACAGGUAUGCAGGCAGAGGUGUGGACUUGCUCUCACGCUCAGGCAGGACAUGGGUAUGGGGCUGGGGGAUGAGCCUGGGAUCGUCUAGCCAUCCUACGGCGGUGCAGAAUCUACUAGAACCAAGAGUCAAUGGGUUGUCCUUGAUCCGGCCUUCUGGGCUUCUCUGUCCCACCCCUGACAAGUCCUUUGAGAAAUGAAGGGUCAAGCACCAUCUCGGGGGUGACAGGAGACACAGGGGUGCGCACGUGAUGGUUGCAAGGGCUCACAGUUCAUUUACCAUCUCUGUCUGCAUAUCCCAGACUGGACCGUGGGCAGGGUGGUGAGGGAUGUGGAGGGAGACUGAGAGAAACAGACAGAGACAGAGAGAGCCGGCCAGCCCCCACCCAGCCACACCCACCUGUGAAGACGCUGGAUGAGGGGCACAGGGAUGGAGUGGGAAGGAGUAGGGUGGGGGUCCCUGGGCCUUGGCCAGCCGGCCCCUCUUCCUCCCUGUGAUGCAGGGAGGUGGCGGGCGCCUCGCCGUGUGGAGGUGCCACUAACCACAGCUUUGCUUGGUGGGUCUCUUGUGGGUUUCCUGCAGUUGGGGUGGGAGGUAAGAGGAGGGGCCGGCGAGAGGCGUUAGUGCUGGGGGCGGGGCCUCUCCCCGUGGCCUGGGCUCCCUCCCCCCAGCCCACAGUGGCCUCCUGGUGCGGCCAAGAGCAGGUCGUGGCCCUUUACCCCUGCAGCCACACUGUCCCAGGCUCUCUGGGCUCUCGCCUUUCUUUCAGAAUGAGGCCCAUUCGCUUAAAGUCUCCAAAAUGGAGAAUCAACAGGGUGGAGGCCUCUGGGCUCACAGCCCCAUCCAGGUCAGCUCAGCAGCUGCUCGGAGACUUGUCGUGACUGGGAGGCUGCCAUGGGCUCCUGCGGGUGGGGUGUGGCCACACAGAAGGACUGCAGGCGGGUUCUGAGCCUCACAGCAAAGCGGCCAACUCCUGAAACCUUGCUGACUCACAGGCUGGGCAGGACCCUUGGCCAUUUAGAAAGUGUCCAUGGACGUUUGGAAGGCAUCUGAGCUGUUUAUAAAGUGUCCUGAUUCUCUGGCCAGAAGUGGGCUUCUCAGACCUCAGGGGCAGCCUCCCUCCCUUCCUGGGUUCUUACCUGUUCAUCAGAUGGCACUGGGGAGACCCUAAGGAAUAGAGGCCGUGGCACCUGUAUUCAACCUCCUCAGUUUGUCCCCUGCGCUGACUUCGCUGGGUCCUUCUGACACCUGCUCCUAUCAUACCUGCCCACCUGAAUGCACCUGUCCACCCACCUGGACACACCGGCCCACCUGGACAUCCUUGCCCACCUGGACCCCUCUGCCCACCUAGACACCCCUGCCUACCUGGACACACGUGCCCACCUGAAUAAUCCUGCCCGCCUGGACACCCUUAUCAACCUGGACACACCUGCUCACCUGGAAACACCUGCCCACCUGAACAGUCCUGCCCACCUGGACACCCUUGCCCACCUGGACACCUCUGCCCACCUGGACACCCCUGCCUACCUGGACACACCUGUCCACCUAGACAAUCCUGGACACCCCUGCCCACCUGAACAAUCCUGCCCACCUAGACAAUCCUGCCCAAAUGAAUUAUUCUGCCCAUCUGGACACCCCUGCCCACCUGGACAAUCCUACCCACCUGAACUAUCCUGCCCACCUGGAUACCCCUUGCCCAGCUAGACAUCCUUGCCCAUCAGAACACCUACUUCCGGUCCUCAGUGUAGUGGUGGCCUCAGCCCCACCCUCUCCCCCUCCUAGCCUCCCAGCCCAGCUGCCCAGGAAGUUCACCCACAGGCUCCACAGGUCUGGAUUUCUGAGCAGGCACUGAUAGAGCAGGUGGGAGGAACUCUGCCUACCGUUCCCACCUCAGGGCCCAGUAGCUUCAGGGAGGCCCCCCUCAGUAGGGCCAGCAGUCAGGUCUUCUGGGAGAUGGCCUGCUAGGAGGUGCACGUGCUGGAGAAGCACCCUGCCUCUGCCUGUCAGAAGCAUGUUCAGAGAACACAGCAACAACAAAGUACCUAACGUGGGUCAAACCCGCGGGGCCUCUGCAGGCUGGGCGUCUGCAAGCCCCCAGUGUCAGAUGGAAACUUCCACUUUUAAGAAAACCCAACGGUUCUCCUUCUUGCAGGCUGCUGUGAACACGCACGCUUGCACACAUGCGCACACGGGCACACACGCGUGCGCAUAGGCACACGCACAGAGAUGCGCCUACAGCCACACCCCAACCACACCUUCACCUUCGAGAUCGCUCAUCUCCAGCCCACACCCCAUGCUCUCAGCAGAGGGCUCUGCGCUCGGACACAGCGGUCUCUGCUUUCUCACAUGUGGGGCGGCUCGCUGGGGAGUUUUUGCAGCCCCGGUGGCACUUUUAUGGCUCUGCCAGGGCAGUGAUCUACUCGAUCUCUGAGGACCUGGACAGCGGGAAGCUCUGUGUGGAUGCUCAGCAAGCCGGGGCUGGCAGCUGGCUCAAGUACAUCCGAGUGGCAUGCUCCUGUGACGACCAGAACCUCACCAUGUGUCAGAUCAAUGAGCAGAUUUAUUAUAAAGUCAUUAAGGACAUUGAGCCAGGAGAAGAGCUGCUGGUCCAUGUGAAAGAAGGUGCCUACUCUCUGGGGGCGGUGCCUCCCAGCCUGGAUGAGGAGCCCACGUUCCGCUGCGAUGCGUGUGACGAGCUCUUCCCAUCCAAGCUGGACUUGCGGCGCCACAAGAAGUACGCGUGCAGCUCGGUGGGGGCCUCACUCUAUGAGGGCCUGGCCGACGAGCUCAAGCCUGAGGGCCUGGGUGGUGGCGGCGGUGACGGGCAGGCCCACGAGUGCAAGGACUGCGAGCGGAUGUUCCCCACCAAGUACAGCUUGGAACAGCACAUGGUCGUCCACACGGAAGAGCGAGAGUACAAGUGUGACCAGUGUCCCAAGGCCUUCAACUGGAAGUCCAACCUCAUCCGUCACCAGAUGUCCCACGACAGCGGCAAGCGCUUCGAAUGUGAAAACUGCGUGAAGGUGUUCACGGACCCCAGCAACCUGCAGCGACACAUCCGCUCCCAGCACGUGGGCGCCCGGGCCCACGCCUGCCCAGACUGCGGGAAGACCUUCGCCACCUCCUCGGGCCUCAAGCAGCACAAGCACAUCCACAGCACCGUCAAACCUUUUAUAUGUGAGGUCUGCCACAAGUCGUACACGCAGUUCUCCAACCUGUGCCGCCACAAGCGCAUGCACGCGGACUGUCGCACGCAGAUCAAGUGCAAGGACUGCGGGCAGAUGUUCAGCACUACCUCGUCCCUCAACAAGCACCGGCGCUUCUGCGAGGGCAAGAACCAUUACCCGCCGGGAGGCAUCUUUGCGCCCGGCCUGCCCCUGACCCCCAGCCCCUUGAUGGACAAGGCCAAGCCGCCCCCCGGUCUCAACCACGCCGGCCUGGGCUUUGGCGAGUACUUUCCCUCCAGGCCGCACCCUGGGAGCCUGCCCUUCUCCGCGGCACCCCCCAGCUUCCCCACGCUCACGCCCGGCUUCCCGGGCAUCUUCCCUCCAUCCCUGUACCCCCGGCCGCCUCUGCUACCUCCCACGCCGCUGCUCAAGAGCCCCCUGAACCACACGCAGGACGCCAAGCUCCCCAGCCCCCUGGGGAACCCGGCACUGCCCCUCGUCUCCGCUGUCGGCAACAGUAGCCAGGGCACCGCAGCGGCCGCGGGGCCCGAGGAGAAGCUGGAGGGCCACCUGGAGGAGGCGUACGCCACCAAACUCAAGCCCCGGGGCAGCGACCUGUCAGAUGGCAGCGACUUCGAGGACAUCAACACCACGACUGGGACUGACCUGGACACGACCACGGGCACGGGCUCCGACCUAGACAGCGACGUGGACAGUGACCGCGACAAGACCAAGGACAAGGGCAAGGCGGCUGAGGGCAAGCCUGAGUUCGGGGGCAGCGCGGUGCCCCCAGGCGCCCCGAACAGUGUGGGCGAGGUUCCCGUCUUCUACUCCCAACACUUCUUCCCGCCGCCCCAGGAGCAGCUGCUGACAGCAUCGGGCGCGGCGGGAGACUCCAUCAAGGCCAUCGCGUCCAUCGCUGAGAAGUACUUCGGGCCCGGCUUCAUGGGCGUGCCGGAGAAGAAGCUGGGCGCGCUGCCCUACCACUCCGUGUUCCCCUUCCAGUUCCUGCCCCACCUCCCCCCCUCCCUGUAUCCCUUCACGGACCGCGCCCUCACCCACAACCUGCUGGUCAAGGCCGAGCCAAAGUCGCCUCGGGACGCCCUCAAGGCCGGCGGCCCCAGUGCUGAGUCCCCCUUUGACCUCACCACCAAACCCAAAGAGGCCAAGCCCGUUCUGCCGGCGCCCAAGGUGCCCCCAGCCCCGGCGUCCGGUGAGGAGCAGCCACUGGACCUGAGCAUUGGCAGCCGCGUGCGGGCCAGCCAGAACGGAGGGGCACGGGAGCCCCGCAAGAACCACGUGUACGGCGAGCGCAGGCUGGGGCCCAGCGAGGGGCUGCCCAAGGCGUGCCCUGCCCAGCUGCCCCAGCAGCCGCCCCUGCACUAUGCCAAGCCGUCGCCCUUCUUCAUGGACCCCAUCUACAGCAGGGUGGAGAAGCGGAAGGUGACCGACCCGGUGGGAGCCCUUAAGGAAAAGUACCUGAGGCCAUCCCCGUUGCUCUUCCACCCCCAGAUGUCAGCCAUUGAGACCAUGACGGAGAAGUUGGAGAGCUUCGCGGCCAUGAAGGUGGACUCUGGCAGCUCCCUGCAGCCCCUCCCACACCACCCCUUCAACUUCCGGUCCCCGCCCCCGACGCUCUCAGACCCCAUCCUCAGGAAGGGCAAGGAGCGAUACACGUGCAGGUACUGUGGCAAGAUCUUCCCCCGGUCAGCAAACCUCACGAGACACCUGAGGACGCACACCGGGGAGCAGCCAUACAGGUGUAAGUACUGCGACCGCUCCUUCAGCAUCUCCUCCAACCUCCAGCGGCACGUGCGGAACAUCCACAACAAGGAGAAGCCCUUCAAGUGCCACCUGUGCAACCGCUGCUUCGGGCAGCAGACCAACCUGGACAGGCACCUGAAGAAACACGAGCACGAGCACGCGCCAGUGAGCCAGCAUGCGGGGGUCCUCACCAACCACCUGGGGACCAGCGCCUCCUCCCCCACCUCCGAGUCGGACAACCACGCACUUUUAGAUGAGAAGGAAGACUCCUAUUUCUCUGAAAUCAGAAACUUUAUUGCCAACAGUGAGAUGAACCAAGCAUCAACACGAACAGACAAACGGCCGGAAGUCCAGGACCUGGAUGGCACCUCCCAGUGCCCGGGCCUGGCCAUCAGGAAGCCAGAGGACGUGGAGGAGGAGGAGGAGGAGGAGCUGGAGGAGGAUGAUGACAGCCUGGCAGGGAAGUCCCAGGACGACACGGCAUCCCCCACACCCGAGCCUCAGGGCACCUACGAGGACGAUGAGGAUGAGGAGCCACCCACCUCCCUGGCCGUGGGCUUUGACCACACCCGAAGGUGUGUUGAGGAACCACCAGGCGGUCUCUUAGCUUUGGAGCCGAUGCCGACUUUUGGGAAGGGGCUGGAUCUCCGCAGAACAGCUGAGGAAACGUUUGAAGUUAAAGAUGUGCUUAAUUCCACCUUAGAUUCUGAGACUUUAAAACAGACCCUGUACAGGCAGGCUAAGAACCAGGCGUAUGCAAUGAUGCUGUCCCUUUCCGAGGAUGCUCCCCUCCACGCCUCCUCCCAGGGCCCUCUGGACACUUGGCUGAACAUCGCAGGAGCCACACCAGAGUCUGGAGCCUUUAACCCCAUCAACCACCUCUGACCGGCCUGAGAGGGGCUGGGGUCAGAGUCCAAGUGAGGCCACCAGGGUCCCCGACUUCCCAACAGAAAUCUCCAUGGCAGAAGACGGAGGCAAGGGCCUUGGGAGCCGGUGCAGCCUGGAGCUGAGGAGACCCCCCCACCUUGUCACCUGUGUCUGACUACUCCUCAGCGUCUGUUCCCCCUCCAUGGUCCAACUCUGAUUUUUGCAAUGAAAACUCAGAACCCGGCAUCCUUGGAGCCAUCGUAGGGUUUCACCGGCUCUAAGCAUCAGUCUUGAGAACGGCCUUCAGAUGGUACAGCUCACUCUCCAGGCACAGCACUGCGGGCUGCCUCACAGAGUCAACCCCGUGGGCAAGGAUGGGGUUUGAACCCCACACUGAGGCUGGUGGGCCUCUCCCGGGUGCCGUGUGGCAUCUGGGGAGGGAACAGACAUCUGGGCGUGCUCUAAGGAGGGAAUCGCCCUGACAAUUUUUAUAAAGAAAAUGACAAGUAUGAUCCUUUUGGUAAUCUUAUUGACGACAGAGUCUAUUUAAGCAUGUGGUUUUAAAAAUAGACAGUAUUUUUAAAAAAAAAAAUCACAAAGUGACUUGCAAAUUGUUUUUUAAAAGUAAUUUUGCAUUGCUUUGAAAUCUCAGCUUCUUUGCAAACCCAAACCUGCCUGGGACCCAGCCCUGCGUUUGGGGGUGUUCUUUAUACUGUAGAUAAUGGAGAGAUUUUCUAUCCCUGACUGUGUUUGUAAAGCCAAGAUGAUUCUGGGCACCCCGGCCCCAGAACCGAGGGGCGGAGCCCACUCCCGGGAGCAGUUUGAGACUGUGCCUGGAAUCAGAUACGAUGUCCUGGGCUGGCCCAAGGCUGGGACUCAGAGAUGUGCCUGUCAUUGUGUGACAUGGGAUUCGUGCCAGCGGCCCCCACCCAGGGGGAGGUCAGAGCAGAGACUUGGUCCCCAGCGCGGAAGUGGCCAGGCCCCUCUGGCUCCCCCUCAACCAUUCUGCAGAAGGCGGGGCCCGCCAGUCAUCUUGGGAUCUCCAGCUCCCACCCACCCCCCCUGCGGAUGGACAAGGGGAAGGGAGUGGGCACCCCCCCCCCAAUAGGGGCUGCCGUGGGGUGCACUCCAAGGCUCCUCUGCUCCAGGCUGCCAAGCUCCAUGCUCACCCAAGACCCCAGGACACAAUGGCCACUUCGCUCUUUGUGUGGGUUCCUGGCGGGCGGGACCCGGCUCCAGAAGGACGGGAGUCCAGGUGCGACCUCCACAAAGAGCUAAGACAGCACAGCCCGGAGGGGACGGACCGCACCUCCCAGGACCAGGCUGCUCUCCACUCGAUGGGCUUUAAAUUAUUCCCAUAGGGGCCAAUUUCGAAUAAUUGUUGUUGUUUUUUUUUUUUCCCUGAUGGAAUUGACCUUAAUCUGUAUAUAACUUGUAAUUUUUUCUAAUUCAUUUCUUUUCUUAUUUUAUUUCUUCCUUAACAGUAUUUUUGGCAUUAGACAUUCUUAUUGUGAAGAAAUAAUGUUAAUAUAAGUAUCUAGUGAAGGACCAAAACCGUGAAAUAAGGUUGUGUGUUGUGUGAUCAAUAACCAGGGAGUGGGGCGAUUUUUAAUGUGCCAAAUACCCCACGUCCCCCCCCCUCCCAAUGAAUCCUGCUGCCCGUUUUCCAGACAAUCAUGUGUUUUUGUUAAAUUUGAGUUUCAGUUGCAUUUAAGACAAGUGCUCUAUUUAUUUCUUUUAUUGUUUGGAAGAAAAACGAAGACUAGCAUCCCAAGAAGAAGAGAAAAAAUACCUGCCCAAGUUGCCCUAAGAAAUGUGUGAAAAUACAAACGGUCAUGGAGCGGCCCACCGUCCAGCCUCUCCAGGCCAAGACAAUCGUCCGCCUGGGCACUGGGGGUUUGGCUUCGCGGUGGAGACCUGUGGAUGGGGAUCCCCAAGGGUGCACAGACCCACAGAUCCUAGCGAAAGGAUUUGGCCUUUCCCGGAUCCGGUCAAGGUACCAGACUCAGAGCGCCUUCCACGUGGGAACAGGCUGGAAUGUGGCCCGCAGGGCAGUCGGAGAAGCUGCUGGCAGAGGAGCUGGCCGCAGCCGCAACCACAAGGAUUUACAGACACAGCCGCUCACACCGCCUCAGAAGCAUCCUUCACCCCACCCCCGCCCCCGUGGACCCACCUGGUGUGUCGCAAUUUCCAACUCUCCCUCGAUCGAGAUGGGACCCCUUUGAAAAAUCAACCUCGGAUACCACCUCCCCAUUUCUGUAAACCCAAAUUAUAUGAUUUCUUCUGCUAAACAAUAAGGUGUGUGCUUUUUAUUGCGAUUUGACUCUCUCUGUCCAAAGCAGGAUGUUUGGGCAGGUAGAGGCCCAAGUGUCUGUUCCCUGCGGCCUGGCCCUUCCAUUCACCUCUGGUCUCUCUGUGACAGUCACAGUUAGCUCUCUGCAGCGGAUCUCCUUAAACUCUGACUCUUUCCUUCUUUCCUUCCCCAUCCCCAAGAACCCUGGCUGCACAUUUUAAGUCCUGUUUUUUGUCCCCCUUGAAAAUGAUUAGAGUAAGCCCAGUUUGUCCUCCAGCCUGAGCAUUUGGCAGAUUCGGUGGCAGGGAGGGUUCUGUCCUUGGACCCUCAGAUAAAGAGAGCACUUAUUUCCUACACCUGGUGGGUCCAUGAAGCCUGGGCUCAAAGUUGAGCGUUGUCCCAACCACAGUCAGCUGCCCCUCCCCGGGUCUUCUCUGCCCCCCAGGCUCCAGCACCAGCCACCUGCUCAGACCCAGGGGGAUGUCCUAGAGGGUCUGGGAGCUCAGGCUGGAGAAUUCCGAGAACCCAGCUUCAUGGCACGGAUGCAACUGGCAGCUGCCUGGCCGACCAGUGCAUCUGUGGGCUGGUGGCCGGAGUCAGAGCUGUAAACUAGGAACCCCACUGGGCUAGUGUGCUAGGAACCCUUCACUCCAGCCUUGUCUACUUCACUCUCUGGACUGCUGACUCUCACCCCCAAGUGGAAAUUCGGAAGGAGGUCUCCUCACCCUUCCCUCUUCUGCCCCUCAGACCCCAACCCCCACCUCGGGCCCAACCCUUUCAUUCCCAGGACAAGCAGGUAGGACCCCAGGACUGCUGACCCUUUGGCCAGCCAGCCCUUCAUAAGGGGGACCCAGAAGCCUCUGGUUGGAACCCAGAAGCGUGCAUUCCUGCAUCCCACCUGGAACCCUGGGGUGGGGAUAAGUGACUGGGGUGGGCCUGAGAGACUGCCCAGCCCUAGUGGCCUUCCCAUACAAUGCCAAGAGUGCGGCCAGUCCACCCAGACACUGCUUGGCCCUGUAAACCCUGAGGGCCCUUGUCCUUCUGCGUCCUGGCUGCUUCCUCAGUGAACAAUCGCAAAGCACUUGCCUGAACACACAUCCCUUGUGUUAGCCCUGAAGCCUCAAAGCACUGGAUUGUGGCGCCCCAGCCCCCAGCCCCCCCCACUACUGCCCAAGUGACUGAAAUCUACUGAGCUUAUUCACUGUGCUGUCCUGGGAGGGGCAGGGGCAGCAUCCCCGGGAGAGCACCCCGCACUGCUGCCUGGGGCGGUGGCGGGGAAUGGACGGGGAGCCGGGCACCUCGCUCCCCUCCCGGCUGGGGACGCGGGGACACAGCUGCUCCUGGCUGGUGGAGGUCAGCCGGGUCUCAAAAGCCAUGAAUGUCUCUGUAGCGAUGAGUGAUACUGUGACUAAGACGUCCUCACAAGAUGCCAAGGAGCGUCCCUCUCCUCCUGCCAUUCCAGUGUUUAUGUUUUCUUUCUUUUCUGUCACGGAUUCAUAUUACCACUUGUGGGAAAAAAAAAAAAAGUAAAAGAAAAUAGAAUGAAAAGGCAGCUUAUGUUUCCAGAUGUGCAAUUCACUCAUGAACAAAGUUAUCCUGAAGGUUCUUCUCCGCGCACUUCUCUUCCUCAUUCUCCUCCAAACGAGGGAAGCUGAGCCCCGUGUCCACACGGAACUUGGGGCAUCCGUACGCAUACGCUGGUGACACUUCAAACCUGUGCGUCCAUGUCAUCCUUCGCCAUCGUUACAUUAUGAUUCGGUUUUUUUUUUUCUUUAUUCUUUUUUUUUUCUUUUAGAGCUGUAUAAUGUUGAAAAGAAAUCAAGUGUAAAUGUCUGGUUUUUCUCCAUAAUGUUUUUUUUAAAAAAAAAAAAAAAAAAAAACCAUUGAGAAGGAGGCUGGUGUAUGUCCCACGUCCCCCGAUUGUAAAUUUGCUUCUGUUCUAAGUAAACUGUGCAUGGCUCGUGUGUAGUCAUUAUCGUGUCUGUUCGUGAAAUUUUUACAAAAAGGAAAAUCCCAUAGAUGCACUUAUUAAAUAUGUGAUUAGAGUCUGCGUCCUCAAGACUAGGAGUCCUGAACUGCCCACAUGGAAGACGCAGUUCUUAAUAUGGAAAUCGCUGCGGGAGAAGGAAAGGAAAAGACACCAAGUGUAGGAAUCAUUCAGAGAGUGACUCUGCAGAUUUCAUUUUGAUGAUGCUUGUGAUAAAGACAAAUGUACUUGUGUAGAGAAAUGUCUUUAAGAUGAAGCCUAGGAGAAGCUGAUUUUGAGGUUGAUGCUGUAGACUAGGACUGUAUACCAAAUGUAAUCUUUCCGAUGCUACAAUGAAUUUAUACAUGAGAUUGAUAUGCAAUAAAUCUGUGUGCUUUUCUAA